CCUCUCCAUCGGCCACGAUGUACUCAGUCUUUCUCGUUCCAACGUGAGGAUAACCACGCGUUUUAUCCAUCCGCUGGUACCCGCUGGUAAAUUUAUUUGUCACCUCGUGCUGGCCUCGGUGGGGAUUUCGUGUUCUCAUUGUCGAUUUUUAUUUCACCGCAUCAUGACAACACCAGUGAGAACCUGAGGAUGAACCCAAUGGGGAUGAGAGUCCUGGGGACGCUACUACUCGUCCUUUCAUCUCAGAUGCUGAUAGCGGACGGUGGGACAACGACUAACAAGGUGUCGAAGCGAGCUAAACCACUGGAUCCAGAGGACGAUUACUACUACUACGACGACGUCGAGGAGAGGAACAAUCCGACGAAUGAGGGACCAGUCGUACCACCGGGUUUUCUCAGUCCAUCCGUCAGAGAGUAUCUCGACCUCGGAAAAUCUAUUCCUGGUCGCCCAGGAACCGAUUACCCAGUGCUGGGUAGGGUACCCUACACAAAUUUCUACUGCGACGAACAAGAGUACCCGGGUUUCUUCGCUGACGUUGAAACCCGCUGUCAAGGGUGGCACUACUGUGAUAUAGACGGAAGACAGGCGACAUUUUUAUGCCCCAACGGUACACAAUUCAGUCAAGCUGUAUUUGUAUGCGACUGGUGGUUCAACGUCAGAUGUGAAUUGAGUCCGAAAUUGUAUGCCAUCAAUAGUAGACUGUAUCAGCGGCCAACAGAGAGCCCAACACGACCACACCGAGUCAUCACCAAGGAGCUCCUCGAAAAUAUCUUCGUCAAGAGGAAAUGAAGAGGUCCCUCACUCACUCCAACGAGUAGAAUAAAAAUCAACCGAUGCUUCUGCGAGGGGCUUUAACUAGCAGAGGGGAAUAAAGAGUUUUACUACUUGCAAAAGAAAAAAAAAAUGAGAGAAUUUACUGGCAAAAAAGACAUGAUGAGCUCUCCCUUAUUUCUAUCGGGGCAGAUUUUCAUUGCUGCCAGAGCCAUUCAACCACCCUGGGUUCUUAAUAGUUGAUGAGCUCCCGGUGAAGAGUUUCAGGGACUUGCAAUUUCUUUUUCCUCGUUACCCCCUUUAUUUUGGCAACGUGAUGAACAGAUGUAUGACUUGCAGUCUAUCGUUGAAAAUUCUACGUAAUCUACAACAAUUUGUGUGGAAAAUUCGAUUGUGAUGGAUUCAAUCGAUUGCCGAGAUAAAUCGAUCAAUUGAAGAUUCCCAGAAACCAGAGGAAAAUUCUCGUGCUGUCACCGUAAAAUUUUCCGAGUGAUAAAAUAUUGAUGAAAUGUCAAUUAUUUCCUAGUGUAUAAAAAUCACUCGAGUAUCGAGCAUUGCAGAAAUAUUUAUAGAAGAAUCUUUAAAGAAUAUUAAUUAAUAAUUUUGCCAGUGGCACUGGCGAGGGCCUAACAUGAGGAAAUUUUCACCCAUGGGAAUACAGAUAUUGCUGACCAAUGCGAAUUAACUCUCCGUUCCUGAAAUGAGCGCUAGAAUAAAAAGCCGAAACAAACCAGAAACAAACCAGAAAUGUACAACAGUUGCUGACAGAAUCCAUUAACGAUGGGCUCGCUUAAAAAAAUAUCUAUCUCAACAAAAAAGGAGUGAGUGGGGUGAAUCACAACGAAUUGAUAUAGCCCUCGAGCAGAUAAUCCAAAACUAAUUCAAUCCGGAAUACCUAGAAAAUUUAAUUCCGAGCCGUCUAACUUUUAUCAAGUUCCUGACGUGGCCCCUGGCGUGCCUCGGCGAGUAUGGAUGUGCCCCCGCAUAGGGGAUGCACCUCUCGCGUACAAAAACCAGAAAGAGAAGUCGAGGGUGAAAAAAAAAAUAUAUAUAUCUGGUGUACACAGCGGGAAUGGAGCUCUAUGCCAGUUGCAAUUUCAAAUUUAAAUUGAGAAGAAUUCAAAGUGGUACCUGCCAUUUCAUCUGGAAUAUAAUUUCUCAGGGGUAUUUGUCUUCCAGUGAAUCAUUGUCAAUUUUCAUCUCAGAUUGUUUUAAUUAUAAGAAAAUAAAUUGCAUUAAUCAGUUUAA